GCAAGAUAUAAUCAAAGAUUAUACUAUGAAAGACGCUUUAGCAGAAAUUAUACUGAAGCAAGAAAAGAUUCACGCGUCCGAAUAUCGUGCAGAAACUAGUCGUAUUAAAAAUAUUUUACAUGCUUUCGGAAUAUCCAAGGAUGAUUUUUCCAAGAAUGGCGUUCAGUCAGUCAAAAUAUUGGCGACUUUAGCUACAAUUUUAGAAUUGCGUGAUAUUGAACGAAGCAGCUUCCUUUCAGCAAUAGCGCAGUUGAGCAUAGAUUCAUCCCAUAUUGAACGACAAAAUAGAGACAUUUCACGUACUAUUAAUUCCUUGGAAACUUCUACACAAGAGGCUAAACUGAGACAUCAUAAACUAAGAGAAAUUUUGACAAAUUUACGAAGGAAUUGGGACACAAAAGAAGAUCAGAAACUUAAAGAAUGGAAGCGUAAUACUACGUUAUUAGAUCAAAAAGCCAAAGAAUAUCAGCUAAAAUUAUCUCGAUUAGAGGACGUAGUCUUGGCUAAAUUACAAUUAGACGUGGCUCAACAAAAACUG